AUGCCACUUCUUCGAAUUCUUGAUUUGUCCCACAAUUACUUGAGUGGAACAAUUCCGCAAUGUUUUGGAAAUUUGAGCAACAGCCUUGAAUUCUUGAAUCUGAAGAAGAACAAGUUUUAUGGGACGAUUCCUCCAACAUUUGCAAAGGGAUGCCGAUUGAGUAAUUUCAACUUAAAUGGAAAUUUGUUAGAAGGGCCUUUGGCACCAUCCAUCCUUAAUUGUAGAGGUCUGGAAGUGCUAGAUCUUGGUAACAACAAGAUUAAUGAUACAUUUCCUCAUUGGUUGGGAAGUCUUCCAUUUUUGCAAAUUCUUGUAUUGAAGUCAAAUCAUAUGCAUGGUUCCUUGCGUGUCAAUAGCUCCAGGUCUAGCCCUUUUUUCUCUAAAAUCCAAAAUUUUGACCUCUCAAGUAACUAUUUUUCUGGACCCCUACCAGUGAGAUACAUCAACAGCUUCAAGGCUAUCAUAAAUCUAGAGAAGAUUGGUAGUACAGUGUCGUACAUGGGGGUGAAUGAUCCUCAAGGUUGUCGCUUCUAUACCUAUUCCAUUGGAAUUGUUAUGAAAGGACAAGAUAGGGAAUUGGUGAAAACUUUCACCAUGUGGAUGAUCAUUGAUCUAUCAAAAAAUCAGUUUGAAGGGGGUCCAAAGGUUAUUGGGAAGCUUAACUUACUGAAAGGGCUCAACCUUUCUCAUAAUAACCUUAAUGGUGAUAUCCCCACCUCAAUAGGGAAUUUGAAAAGUCUUGAAUGGUUGGACCUAUCUUCAAACAGGUUGUCUGGGACGAUUCCAAAUAGAUUGGCAGAUCUGCCAUUUCUUUCGUCCUUAAAUGUUUCUGACAAUCAACUCCAUGGUUCCAACAUCAUUGAGCCAGUGUUGAGCAUGGACUGCAAUGCAACAGAAGGCCAUGAAGCAGACCAGCAGCUGCAGCAGACCAGCAUUCCAGCAAGACCAGAAGCAGCUUAUCCAUUUUGUUUAUUUUGUUUACUUUUGAAUCAUUUUGUAAUGCUAUCCAAGUUGAAUGUGGGAGCAGUUAUAAGUUUAGAGCUUAUGCUCUUGGUGUUUCAUUAUUCUGUUCUCUCUGUUCACUUUUUGCUGCUGCCAUUGUUCCAACAGCCAGCACCUCCAAAUGUGCUUGAAAAAGAUGGCUCAAAAUCAAACAUUGCUUUUGGUUGGAAAGUGGUGUUGAUAGGUUAUGGAUGCGGAGUAGUGUUCGGAAUGUUCGUGGGAUAUGUUGUUUUCCAAACUGGAAAGCCGAAAUGGUUGGUGAAUUUGGUUGAAAACCAACAUGAGAAGAGUCGAAGAAGAAAUCAAAGAAAGGCAAUCGCAGCAGUGGACGAAGAAGGAUCUAAUUACUGCAAAUGA